AUGUCUGUCCAUAUAAAUACCGAAAACGAUGAUAUAGCGGUAAAUAAUUUUAGGACCUAUUUGCAGAUUCGUACCACACAACCAGAUGUUGAUUACGCAUCUUGCGUGGCAUUUCUUAGGCUUCAAGCCCGGCAGCUGCAGCUAUCCAUGCAAGUAAUCGAUACAGUGCCAGACAAACCUAUCGUUUUGAUGACAUGGACGGGACUUGAACCGGAUCUUCCAGCAAUUCUCCUUAACAGUCACAUGGACAUGACAAAAAUUAUUAAAGAAUGGAGGCACGAUCCUUUUAGUGCCUAUUUAGAUACUAAUGAUCAGAAAAUUUACGCUAGGGGCGCUCAAGAUUCGAAAUGUGUCGGCAUUCAGUAUCUUGAAGCUGUGAGGCGGUUAAAGAUAUCCGGCAGACUUUUAAAUAGAACGAUCUAUAUAACUUUUAUGCCAGAUGCAGAGGUAGGUGGUUUAGAAGGAAUGUAUAGAUUCGUACGGACGGAGCAGUUUGGAAAACUUAAUAUUGGGUAUGCGCUAGAUGCAGGAAGGCCGAGUCCUAAUUACGACAUUGCAGUGUUUACUGGGGAAAAGUGUUUCUGGAAUCUACGGAUUCGCUGUUCUGGCAACCUUGGAGAUGGAUCGCUCAUCUUGGCCAACACUGCGGGAGAAAAAAUGACUGGUGUUUUGAAGAAAUUUUUCACUUUCAGAACAGCGGAAAUGCAAAAACUGAUAGACAACCCUGAGUGGACGCUUGCAGAUGUCGUCACCAUGAAUCUAACAAAAAUUGAAGGUGGUCCUCAACGGAAUAUGCUAAAAUCAGAAUUUGUGCUAACUUUUGAUUGUCGCAUUCCCCUCGGAACAGAGGAUACAGAGGAAGUACAUGAAACAAUGCUACAAUGGUGCCGAGACGUUGCUGAUGAUGUAUCGAUUCAAUAUCUAGUCAGGGAAGAACAGAUUCCCCCCACAGAAACCGACGAUAAGUACUGGGAGGUUCUUAAAAAAGAAGUUGAGGAUUUUGGUCUAGAUAUUCACUGCGAAACUUUCCCGGGUCGUACCGAUAGUCGUCAUUUACGAGAGAUGGGAAUACCAGUGGUCGGUUUUUCGCCCAUUCCCUUCACGCCGGUGCACUUACACGAAAAUAAUGAACAUAUAGAGACUCUAUAUUUUUUAAAAGGGAUAAAAAUUUAUUACAAUAUUUUAAUACAGAUGGGGAACCUUCCGUAG